AUGCCUCAGAAAGCACCUAUUCACCACUUCUCAUAUCGCUCUCUAAUCAUCCCGCCAAUCCUCCUGGCCGCAGCAACCAUUGUCGCUCUCUUCCUCCACUCAGACGUCAACUUUGCGCUUCUCUGGUCCCAAUGUCACUCUCGCGCUCGUCUCCCUGGCGUCAGUCGCAUUCCGGGUCUCGGGACGCCUCUAUGCUAUCUCAUCAGCUUCUUCCGCGCCGCGCUUCACUCACUGCGCAGCCGCGCGGUCAUGGGCGUUGUUCUAGCCUUUAUCGGUGGCCUCUUGACAGUGAGCACCGUUGAAUCAGCGCGUAUCUGCAAUGCGCCGAACGUUCUCAUCGCGUAUCCUACUGGCCCAUGGUUGGUGUUUGAUCUUGUGGGUGGUGCUGUCGUCUGGGAGCUUGUUAUCAUCCCUGCGUUUCUGCAUCGCGCGAGAAGUGUUUUGAAUGCACAGAGAGAUGAGGGCGGUGACGCCCACCAGAUAUUUACGAGCCGUCACCUUCCUGAUAAUGAGCUCGUGGCUAUUCCUAUCAGUGUGGCGCUUGGUUAUUUUCUUCCGUCGUUUCUGAUGCUGUUCCAUACAACUCCCGAGACGAUCGGCAUCUGGCUCUUCUUCCCGAUCUAUGUCGAGAUCAUUCGCCAGAUCAUUCGUCACACUAUCUCUGCACUGAGGAGGGUUGACCCAUCACUCGUCCAUCUCGCAUCGAAUCGGUGGUCUCUGCUGUUUGUUUACAUACUGCCCUUGAUCUGCUCGGUUCUAGCGCAUGUUUCUUUCAUCUGGAGCUUGGCUCAACCCGACGACCGCAAAGAAAUGACAAGGUCGAUCAUUGUCUUUAUUGAAGUCAACGCUCAGUUCAUCUUCUGGACCGUUCUGUACUGGAUGUUGGUGGAGGUUGGGUGGCGUGUUCCUUUGACAACAAUGGUCACUUCCAUUGUUGUAGGGCCUGGCGCUGGAACGUGUGUUGGGUGGAUGUACCGAGAGAAGCUCAUUCAUCACGAUAAUGAGCAAGACAAUGAGAGUGACCAAACAGCAGAUGAGGAGACGCCUUUGUUGCAUGAUUGA